UUGUUAUACACCACUAGAGGGCACGCUUGAUCUCAACAACAUCACAUCCGGUAGCAGCUGAUGGAGGGAAGUCAUCGUGGCUGUGACGAGCACAGCUAUGGCUCGGAAUCUGUUUGGCGGUGCUUUAUCAGCUGUUAUUCCCUUCAAUGCCCAGGAUAUUAGUGAACUGAGGCAGAUCCCUGAUAAUCAAGAAGUGUUCGCUCACUCUCAGACAGAUCAGAGUAUCAUCAUUGAAUUGCUGGAGUACCAAAGCCAAGUGCAGGAUGCUGAAGCAGCCAGGUAUCACUUUGAGGACGUGGCUGCCAGUAACAAGGCGGUAGAGAAUGGCUCUUGGGAGGUCAGAGAGGUAAAGCAGCUCUCCCAGUCUGAGCUGUCAAUGCAGGAAUGCAACUCUGCCUGGCUGCUGUCUGGAGCUCAGCUGGUCUCUAAAUUCAAUGAGGAGGCAAAGAACACUGUGAACAUUUACCUAUGCUUGUUCCGCUUGCAGCAGUACACUACUGACAUCUUAGUGACGUUCAACGACCCUGUUUGUAUCAAUCCCCUCAGCAGCAGUGCCAUUGGAAAUGUGGCAGCUAUACCCUGGACACUACAGGACUUCCAGGGUGUUCUGCAGUCCUUCUGCAUACUUGACCCUGGAGUGUUUGGGUAGAUUCUUCAUGCAUAUGUUUAAAUACAAGAAAGUCUAAAUAUCAUUACAAAAGGCUUUUUUCCCAGAAGCUUUUAAAAUUUGCUUUUACAAUGACUGAAUGGCUUAAAACACAAACUUCACAACACCUAAAAAGCUAGAAAGCUAGAGUCUAUAUGAAACAUUUUCCUUGUAGUGCAAGGCUUAGCAUUUGUCUGUAGGUGAGGCUAUGCAACAAACAAAAAAAAAUAGAGAAUCUUGAAUUAUUAAAAAGUAAAAAUAAAUGCAUUUCAUAAUAAGAAAAACAUUGUGUUUCUGAAUCUUCUCGAAACCAGCAUUUAUUUAUCUCAAUGUACAUUUAUGCUGAUUCAUUCAGCAGUAUUUCUUUAAAGUUUUCUUGAUGUAAUCAAAGGUUUGCAGUCAUCAUUGUCCUUUGUAUGCUGAUUUAAACAUCUCUUACUUGACCACAAAAUCAAUGUGUAACAAUUUUACUGGAACUCUGUGUUGAAACUCUGGUUUUUCCUUAACUCUGAAAUGUAAGACACUUUCACCAAUUCAUCAACUUUCAUAUCAUUCUGAACUUUCCUAAGACAUUGAUCUCCUUUUUUGACCAAAAGUAUUUGAACACUUAAGUCACACUUAAUGUUUGAAUAUCAUUGCAUUAGAUAUCAGACCAUGUAACAUUUAUUUUUCAAGGAAAAAUAGCACAAUCAAAACCUUUCACAAAAAGUUAGGUUUUAAAUUAUAAACCAAUAUGUAUAGUAAAUGAAAACAAUAUGUAUUGUGGCUUAAGUGUAGCAUGUCCAUAGUUAAUGUGAUGAACUACACCUGUAAACAUAUGGGUAACUAUCUUCAUAAAUCCAUUUAAAAUAACCAUGGGACCAGUUGAUUAACAGUUUAAAAAAAACAUUAUUUCCAUGUUGAUGUCACUUGAUUUAAUACAAAGACAUUCAGACAUUUUUAAGUGUGAAUUAAGUGAGAAAGCAUGUUUUGAGGAUAAGCUUAUGAGUGUAUUUGUACUUAAAGGACAAGGAUGUUGCAGUGUUGUCAUGUAUAUAGAAAAUAGAAGUCAUUCUUUUAAAAAUAAUUUAUUUUCAAAUUAUAUACUGUCAUGUUACAGACCCUAUAUGUACCUAUACAUUUAUAGUAUCUUAAUAAAUAAUUGAUUGCAUAUAA